AUGCCGGAGCCGAUGAAUUUGGAGGCAAGCCGCAGUAAAGGAGGUCUCCAUUUACAGCCAAACCCUUUCCCAAUCGCCGACGGACGCCUCUUGAUUGACGGCCGAGCCGGGCCAAACCAAGAAGCCGAGCUGAAGGCGCGAGGCAGGGAGCCAAUAGAGAGCGUCGGAGCCGAGCCAAUAGGAGCGGGCGCGAGACGGGGUAGCCAAUCGGAGCGCGGCGGCGGCGGCGGCGAAGGCGGGCGGCCAGUGGUAGUGGCGGCGGCGGCGGUGGCUGUGGUGGCGGCAGCGGCAGCAGUAGCAACAGCGGCGGGCUCUAUGGCGUCCGUGAAGGGCACGAGCGGCGGCGGCGGGCGAGGCGCUAUCGCGGCCUUGGGGGGCGACGGGGAGCCGGGCGGGGGCCCCGGCGGAGGCCUGCCGUCGCAACGGCGGGCGGAGGAGGCGGCGGCGGCGGCGGCGGGAGCAGAGGCGGCGGCGGCGGCGGCCCCCGGGGCGCCCUCACGACAACGUCGUCCUCCUCCUCCUCCUCGCUGCCCUCCCGUUGGGCCGGCCGGCGUGGGCGCCCCCCACCACCACCCUCACCCCGAGGAGCUGGAGGAGGAGGCCGGCCUGGGCGAGGGCGACCCCGGCGACUCCGCCAUCGAGGACCCGGAGCUGGAAGCCAUCAAAGCCAGGGUACGAGAGAUGGAGGAAGAAGCCGAGAAGUUGAAAGAAUUGCAAAAUGAAGUGGAGAAACAGAUGAACAUGAGCCCCCCACCCCGAAAAGGGGGGGCUGGCCCAGUCAUCAUGUCUUUAGAAGAAAAGAUGGAAGCCGACGCCAGAUCUAUAUACGUAGGAAAUGUAGAUUACGGGGCAACCGCAGAAGAGUUGGAAGCCCACUUCCAUGGCUGUGGUUCCGUCAAUCGUGUGACUAUCCUGUGUGACAAAUACACGGGCCAUCCCAAGGGGUUCGCCUACAUAGAAUUUUCCGACAAGGAAUCGGUGCGGACUUCCUUAGCGUUAGACGAGUCCCUCUUUAGGGGGAGACAGAUCAAGGUGAUUCCCAAACGGACCAACCGGCCAGGCAUCAGCACCACAGACAGAGGCUUUCCCAGGACCCGGUACCGAGGGCGAGGCUCCGGCUACAGCAGUUCCAGGGCCCGUUUCUACAGUGGCUUCAGCAGCAGGCCGCCCCGAGGGCGUGCUUACAGGGGCCGGGCCAGAGCGACCUCAUGGUAUUCCCCUUACUAAAAACAAAACAAAAAAAAAGUGGUUUUUUAGGAAGGAGGAAAAAAAAAAAGAAAAAAAAAUGAAGAUUGUUACCAUGAUGGAAAAAAAAAUUAUAUAUAUAUAUAUAUAUAUACUGUUGGUGGGAGGAGGAUGUUUCUUACACUGUGCAGAGAAAGAGGGUUGACAUAUACUGGAGGGAGGGGAGAAAGAAAGAAAGAGAAAGAAAGAAAGAAAGACGAAAAAAAAUAUUUGUGGGUCAGCCGAGCUGUUGUUAAAAAACACCUGGUAGUAUUGUUGAAAGAGUUUCCCUCUCCGCCCUUCCUUUCCUUUUGCAGAUUUUUUUUUGGGGGAGGAUUCUUCCUCUGUGUUUUUAGGAGGGGGGGCAAUGCUGGGAAGGGCGUCCCCAUCCCCUCCGAAAUUCUGUAAUUCUUUUGUUUCUCUUCCACUGCUCCCUCGCUCCAUUCUGUGUCUUCGUAUGUCUGCGCAUUUAUUUCCCUGCUUGGUUCCCGCUGCCUUUGUCGCUUUGCCCUGCUCUUCUUUCCUUCCUUCCUUCAACCCAGACUAGCCAGGAAGAAGCUGGCAUUCACGGCUUCGUCGCUACCUUUUUUCCAGACGUCCCUCGCCCGACCUAUGUUUCCACCCGGGACAUCUUCAAAUGCCCCAUCCCGUUCUGGCUGGAGAUUGCAGAAGGGAUCCAUCCCUGCCUCUUACUCUCCAUCACCCUUUCGCUCCAAUCUCGGAAUUUUGUCCUGCACCCAAAUGUAUUGUUCUAAAAAAGACUGAUUCCUGUUUAAAAAACGGGUUUCUUCCCCCUUCCUUCCUUCCUUCCUUCCCUCCCUCCCACCCAUCCGGUGCCCACCAUACAGGUUGUAGGUGUUCCCACACCCCUCAUUCUUCCUCCCAUGUGUGUGUCUCUUCUAGGGAGGGGGGGUUGUUAUAUGCCUUGUUUGAGUGUCUUUAUCUUUACAGAUUCCUUUAUUUUUUAGCCUGAAGAAAUACACCGAAACCUGAUGCUGUAGAGAACCAGGGGCAGGGGAAAAAAAAAAAAAGACCACCCUGGAGGGGUUUUUUUUUGGGUGGGUGGGUGUUGAGAAAAGCCAGACUGACUUUUUUUAAAAAAAAAAAUAAAAAAAAGGGGAGAGAGAGAAAAAAAAAAAAAGAGGGGGAAAAAAUAUUCCAGGUCGGAGGGAGGCUAAACAGAGGAAGAAGCAGAAUGUUAUAAGGGUGGAAAAAAAAAUAAAAAAAAAAAUAAUAAAGAUGUUUUUGGAAGAAA